UGUUCAUAUCCAACUCCAGAAAGGAAACUAAUAAAACUCAACAUCAAGAAUAGAAAUCAGUUUCGAAAUAGGACUUAAAUCCCAUUACUUAAUGGUUAAAGUUUCCUACUUUCCUUCCAUUCUCUCUCCCUAUAUUUAUGCAUUGGUCACUAACCUCUCUCUCAUUCCAUUCUCAGAAACAAGUUUUCAAGAAUGGAGAAACAACCCCUCGAUUUCUGUGGUUCUUUCUAUAUCUUCGAAGCUCAGGAAGCAAAUAAAGAUCAACUUCUCUUGGCCAAGCUAUAUGAUAAGAAGAGGAAGUACCAGCAUAACCUCGAUAGUGAAGAAAAGAGUGGAGUUUCGACUGAUUUAACCCUUUCUUGUGAGUUUCCAAGCAAGAUCAAAAAGCCAAGAAUUAGCGAAAUCAGUUCAUCUGCUGACAAUAAGAAAUCCAUUCUCAGUGCCAUUGUUGUUUCAGCUGAACUAAAACUAUUCGAUGAAACUUGGAUUGCUUAUGCCUCUGCAACUGCAAAAAGAAAGGAACCUGAUGAUGAUGUAUCUGAAGAGUCCUCGAAUUCAGAACUCAAAACGCUGGCCCGAAAUACUGAGAACGAGAUAAUUUGCAAUCCUGUAGAGGAGAGAAAAAAGAGGCUGAAGCAUCUUGUUUGGACAAAACUGGCACUUUCUGAUCCGUGGAAGAUUAAGAAGAGGCUAACGGGUAGUGAUCUUGGUAACCAUUGCAGACUUUUGGUGGCAUCAGUUUGGGUCAAGAAUCAUAUUUUGCCAUUUAUGAGCAACGAAACUGUUGAGGAGAUCAGAAGAGAUGGUGCUCGAGUUCCUUUCUGGGAUUGCGAUACUAACACCGAGCAGCAUCUGGUUUUGAAGCAUUGGCAUACAGCCAAGAGUUAUGUGUUCAUCAAUGGCUGGUUGAAUCAUUUUGUGAAAAGAAGGAAGUUGGUUGAAGGAGAUUUGAUUGGGAUUUAUUGGGAUCCAUCAGAAGACAUAUUCAAAUUUUCUGUUCUUGAGAGAGCUUCUGACGUCUAUCCAUGAAUGUAUUGCAUAUUAUUCUUCUUAGGAUUUUGGAAUUUGUUUACAUUUUAAUUUGUAUUUCUCAAUUAUUUGGUUUCUUAAUAAUUGUACUAUAAGCUCAGUCUGUUGGGAAUUACGGUGAUA